AUGGAACCCGCUACCUUGCGUGCACCAGUAGAAAUAUGGCGUAUUAUAUUCCAUCUCUAUCUAGGACCAUCUGUGCCAGAUGUAGAGCAAGUCGCGAGUCUUCAAGAAUUCGGGGCCUUACUCUCCAGAUCAAAAAUUGUGCGGAUGUACCUAAAGUAUGAACAAGCACGGAGCACAUUGUCUCUUGUCUGCCGCAAAUGGCAGCAGCUCGCGGAUCAGAUGGAGGGUCGUCGCAUUGUAGAGAGCUGUGGGGAUACCUCCUAUGUAUGGCCACCCAAUGCAGACAUCUCGAAAGCAGACCGAAUUCAUUAUCGCCCACUGUCUGAACAACGAACGUACCGCACAGUGUCUAACCAGCGACCAAGGCCAGAUUUGUACGUUCGUCCCAUAAUACAGGUCGGAUUCAGCGAGCCCUUGGCAAAGACAAUGAUGUUCGAAUCAUGCUACUUUGUCACCCCAGCGAACACAGGGGUUACUUGCUAUCAGACUAGCCCUGUUCGUGCCCUCGGGAUAGAGUGUUCGUUGGGUUCAAUAAGCUCCGAUCAUUAUACGCUACAAACCAUCUAUCACCCAGUAUUUCGUCAGUUGACUGUGCUUUCAUUGUUCAUUGACUUCCCAUUCCCUCCUGGCCCAUCGCCUGGUAAUUUGGUGCUACGAGAACUCAAGUGUCUAAUCUUGCGAUUUUCUGUCAACUGCAGUAAUCAGUACGGGGCGCAUGGCACACUCUCCACCUGGAAAUUUCCGGGACUGAAAAUGCUGAGACUAUCCGGGUGUUUUGCAGCGGAUGGUCAGACGGAAAUCAACGAGUUCUUCAACCGCCACGGAGAGCAUCUCGAGGAGCUGGAUUACUCGGUCCGAUGUCACCGUAUACCACACAUAGUACACGAGUGGAAAAUUCUUCACCAUCUUAAGACGUAUUACCAGGACAGUCUCAGCCAAAUGGCUGGGAAUCUUCGUCUUCUGGAGGACUGGGUAGCAACACACCUCCAACCUCUCCGCAUUAUAUUGAACGAGGCAUGGAUGUGGGAAUGUAGAAAUGAAAGCACUUUCUAUCCCACUCUCCAGGCCCACCGAAUGGCGAUCUCCAUGGUACAUUUUGUCCUCCCACAUCGUUGGUCGUACUAUGCGGAGCUCUUUGGACCUACUAAGAGUACAAGGGGACAUCUUUCAAUGAUCGAGGAGAUGCAGAGUUUGCUUACCGUCGUUGAGGAUGCCGGCACCCGAGUGGAAGACGUCUUGGGCCAGCCCCACAAUAGUGACUCUGCUGCAGAGUUUCUAAAACGUCUGUGGAGUUAG